AUGGGCUUAGUAGGGGCUAGGGGAGAAUCAAUUAUAGACUAUGGGAAUAUCAACGAAGAGGCAUGGGAAGGAAUAGAAAGUUUCAAACUGGGAGAAAGGGUAGAAUCCGACAACAUGCCACUUGAAAUAAAAAUCAAAGGAAAAGAGGAAGAAUACAGAAGUAGAUUAGAAAAAAAGAAAUUUGAAGUAAAAGAAGAUAUAGAAGCUAUGCUAGCAGAACUGAUCAACUUAAUUAUAGAAGCUACUGAAAAAAGAAUGUAUAUAUGUAUAUAUGGCAAGGGAGGAAUAAUGAAUCGAACGGAGAAUGUAUGGAGAGAAGGUAUAAUAAUCCCAUUAUUUAAAAAUGGGCAAAAAAGUGAUGUGGAGAACCACCGAGGCAUCACCUUGCUCAAUAUGGCGUACAAGACAUACGCAAUGAUACUAGAUGAGAGGUUACGAAAGGAGAUGGAAGCAAGGGGUAUGUUUCCAGACGGUCAGGCAGGGUCUAGGAAAGGAAGAAGUACUAUGGACAAUGUGUACAUCCUGCGGCAUUUAGUGGGAAGAGAAAUAAGGAAAGAGGGUGGACGAAUCGUGAAUAGAGAGAAAAUGUGGGAGUAUUUGAGCAGAAAGGGAGUAUAUGCGUACCUGGUAACGAAAAUGGAAGAAAUAUAUGAAGAAACAGUAAGUAAAGUGAGAGUGAAUGGAAUAGAGAGCGAGACUUAUCUAGGAGAUAUAGAUGAACUGUUCAGAGAAGCACAGACAGGAGGGGUGGUAGUGGGCAAAGAGAAAGUGUGGUCGUUGGCGUAUGCAGAUGAUUUGGUGAUUGUGGCAAAGAAAAGAGAAGAAAUGAAAACAAUGAUUAAAAGUUUCGAGAAGCACGUACAAGAAAUGAAUUGGAAGUGA